UUUUAUACACUUUUAGGUCUGCUAUCAACUGACUACAGGUGGAAAAUUCACUGAGGCAAUAGAAAAAUUGCAAAUCUUGCUACUAUCCAUUACCCUGUUAGUGGUCGAUACGAAACAAGAAAUAGCAGAAGCGCAACAAAUGUUACGGAUAUGCAGCGAAUACAUUUGCGGCUUACAGAUGGAAACUUUAAGAAAAACUCUACCAAAAAGUUCUACGGACGAACAAAAACGCCAAUGCGAACUGGCCGCCUACUUCACCCACUGCAAACUGCAACCCAUCCAUCAGAUCUUAACGUUACGAACGGCCCUCAAUAUGUAUUUUAAAUUGAAGAAUUACAAGACGGCCGCCUCGUUUGCCAAACGUUUGUUGGAUUUAGGUCCGAGGCCUGAGGUCGCGCAACAGGCCCGGAAAAUUUUACAAGCUUGCGAUGCCACACCAACCGACGAACUGCAACUCCAAUACGACGAGCACAACCCGUUUAAUCUUUGCGGCCACUCGUACACUCCGAUCUACAGAGGAAAACCGGAAGAAAAGUGCCCACUAUGCGGCACCAGCUAUUUGCCCAAAUACAAAGGGAACCUGUGCAACGUGUGUCACGUGGCCGAAAUCGGGAAAGAUUGUAUCGGGUUGCGGAUAAGUAUGCAUCAAUUUAGAUAGAUAGAUUGUUUGUUUACGAAUUAUUUUCUGUUUAUACAUUAAUUGCUAAGUAUAUUAUUAUAUUAAUAUUCGAAGUAUUAAAGGAGGUUUGAAUGUGGACGUAAUAUACUUGUUAAGGUUUGAGGUUUCGAAUACGAAACAAGCAGUAAACUAGUUAUAUUAAACAAUUGCUGUGUAUGAAAAUUCUAAAAUGAGACCUUUCUAGCGAGUAACUAAGCUUUGUAAUAUACAACCUCAUUUCAAAA